CCCUCGAGAUUCACUACUUGUGCAGCGCACAGACACGCAUCUCUACGACAUAUCGUUCAAGAUCUUUGCGUGUUCAUUCAAGUCUCGAGCUUUGAUUCAUGUUCAUCAUGUCCACCAGCUGCGAAGCCUCGUCGACCUGCCCGAUUCCAAGCCGCUCCUACCGGUCUCCACUCCUCGACAACUACAGUCAAACUCCUGGAGGAACCGUGUUUUCAACAACUCCUGGAGGAACUCGGAUCAUCUAUGAUCGAAAGUUUCUUUUGGAAUGUCGAAAAUCGCCCCUCGCUCACACCCCACCGUGCUGCCUCCCCCACAUACCAGGGGUCACCAGACCCUCACUGCAACCAGCAGAGCAGGAGAAUGGCAACAAAGAGCUCACUGUUGAUGACGACCAGUUUGUGAUGGAUAUGUGAUGGAUGUCUCCAGCUCGUGUGAAAAAUGGACUGACUCGUACUGUUCUACCAGUGCUCAUGUUCUGAGGGAUGAUCACACCAGCUGUGGAUUCCUUCAUUAUUGCCUCCAUGCUUUAUUUUUUACUUUAUCUAAAUGAUGAAAUGCUCAGGUCAAGUGUUUCUGUUGUGGGGAGGAGUGUUUUGAGUUUGGUGGAUGUUAUGGUGAAAAUGCAGCUUUUGCUGCUGUUUGAUGCAGUGCCUUCCUUACUCUUUAUUUACAACCAUUCUGAAGGUAACUGUAAUCUACAUUUUUACUAUCUGAAGAUAGUUCAAAUGAAGCUAUUUUAUUUUUGUAAUGGAACUAUGACCCUAUGAAGGGCAUUUAAGUCAUAUACGCCAGAAAUAAACAGUUGGGAUGAUGAUUUUUGUACUGUUUGCUAUUCAUUCUCUGGAUGGAAUAUGACAUUUUGGAAUAAAACUGAAACAAAACAGUA